AUGUUAUAUAAGGGUUCUCGGCGUCUACCACAUAUAAAAGGCGUGGCCUUUGACCCACUGUUCCGACAUUCCCCACCAACGAUGUUUUCGUCCUUCCGCUUGACUCAGGCCCCUGGCCCUUCGACUCAGCCCUUCGCUGGCACAUCGUCUCAGAUAGAGGCAUUUUCUCAACCCCCUUCGCCGUCGCCCGUGAUCGAGUGGUCGCCGACGCCAUCGGCGCAGCCUCGACGCCUCGCACCUCGACCUCGGGUGCUAGUACCCGCGACGCCGGAGCCAUCUCAGGCGUCCAGUUUGGUCCAACGCACGCAGACGCAGCGGGGGGCACGCCGGCAGGCGGGUAGGAGCGCGCCAGGCACGCGCUUCCGCUUCUCCGCCGCAAAGUAUUUUAUGACGUACUCUCAGAUAGGUGACGUCGACAACGGCACUUUGUGCCGCUUCUUCGCCGACUUCUCCGUGCCUAUCAAGCACUGGAAGGCGGUGGAGGAGCAUCACGUGGACGGUGGACGGCAUUGGCACGUCAUCGUCGUGUUCGAGACCGCAUUCCGUGGUAGGAACGAGCGGAUAUUCGACAUAGAAGGUAUACAUCCGAACAUACAAGUCAUCAGCGGCAACAAGGACCUUCUCGCCAAGUGGAAUUACAUCCACAAGGAAGAAGGCGCCGCCUUGCUCGGCCCUUGGGAGGGACCCGAGCCGAUUACCGUCGAUACCGACAUCAAGAAGAAGGACGACCGAUGGGCCCACAUCCUCGAGGCCUCUUCGGCCGACGAGUUCAUGGAACGAGCGCGUGCACUGGCCCCCUACGAUUACACGAUCAACCACGAUCGGAUAAUCAAGUAUAGGAAUACGUACUUCCCCGAGGCUAAACCGCAGUUCGUGCCGGAGAGCAUCGACUUUCCGCACGUGACAGCGGAGAUGGAGGAGUGGGUCGAGACCCAGUUCCAUAACAGGGAUAGGCCCAAGUGCCUCGUCCUGUACGGUCCCUCUAGGACGGGGAAGACUCAGUGGGCGCGUGCGCUCAAUCACAUCAUCGCUCGCCAGGAAGGGGUCGACGACCCUUGUCAUAUCGGCACACAUGUUUAUAUGGCCAACCAGUUCAACGCCAAGAAGAUUGACGAGACGGCGAAGUAUAUCGUCCUGGACGACAUCGACUUGGACUAUUUCCCGUCCUAUAAGUCGUUCUUCGGUGGCCAGAAGGAGUUCGAGGUGACGGAUAAGUACGUCAGCAAGAUGACGGUGAGGUGGGGCAAGCCAUGUAUAUGGCUUAGUAACGAGGAUCCGAGGUUGAAGAAGAUAGAUCGACCUUGGAUAGAAGCUAACUGCAUCUUCGCGGAGGUGACCAACCCGCUGUACGAUGUAGAUGAUGGCAAUGUGCCGAUCGUGGAGGAGGAGGAGAGAGCAUAUGGUCCUCUCAUCGAAGAUGAAGACCCAACAGUGUAUCUAGAAGAUAUACCUGUCAUUAGAAAUGGACAGAUCAUGUAA